GAAGGACGUUAUAACGAACCAGAUCGAGGGCCACCUCGUCCCUGUCUCAAUUUGCAUCCUCCACAUUUCCCCCCUCCUCCUCCUCCUCCUCCUCCGCCUCCUCAUCCCUCUCGUUCGACAAGUCGCGAAUCGAAGACGGAACGCCAACCAUGUAUUGAACCUAGAAUUCGUACGAAUCCCACGUUCGUCCUUUCGCUGCUCGCGCCGUCAUCUAAUGCCAUAGCCUCUCGCGCAAUCCGAAAGUACUUCUAUUGCCUAGCCACGGGGAUGGAAUAGUAAACUACGUGAUGGAGAGCAAUAGAGAUGGAGACUACGUUAGGUUGGAGGACGGGGAGGACGUCGACAGCCUCGCAAGGAACGAGGCGCCGCUGGACGUCCCCACGAGUAGCGAAACAUGGUGGCGGUGGGGGGUCAAGGAGAUUGGGCUCUGCAUCUUGGCGGGCGUCUUGACGGUGAUUAUCGUCAAUUGGCUCGGCCCACCGUUCAUGAGCAAGGUGGUUAUCCCAACUAUCAAUUGGGUGACACGAAGCUUCGACCCUCCGGUACUCGCAUUGCUGAUUUUCGCCACGACCGCUGUAUUCCCUGCCUUGAUUAUACCGUCUACCCCUUCUAUGUGGAUCGCCGGGAUGUCCUUCGAUUAUGUGACUGGGUUCUCUAUAGUAAUGGCCGGGGUCACAAUUGGCGUAACCCUGCCCUAUUUCAUCGGCUCGCCCUUCCGGCAGAAAAUCCAGACAUGGUUGGCGAGAUACCCGAAGCAAGCGGCCGUGCUAAGACUAGCCGGCGAGGGGAGUUGGUUUCAUCAGUUCAAAGCGGUCGUGCUAAUCAGGAUUUCUCCAUUUCCGUACAUUCUGUUCAAUUACGCCAUCGUCGCGACAGAUGUUAAAUACAGUCCGUAUCUGCUGGCCUCGUUGGUUGGAAUGGUGCCUGAAGUCGGUCUUACUCUCUACGGUGGGAAGUUGAUUCGCCAAUUGGCAGAUGCGACGGGGGAUCACAAAGGCCUCUCGACGCCGCAUGCAGCUGUUAAUCUGGUCGGGUUCGGCGCGACCAUGAUCGCGACUGUGAUGAGCAGCCUUUAUGCUAAAGGGCGGCUCGAGGAGCAGCGGAGGAAGGAGGAGGCGACUCUAGGUUAACUUUGAGAUGCAUGAACAGACACGGACACAGAGCACUCCCCCCCGGAAGAGUGUCGGUUUGGAAUUUCUAAAGGAAGAAUGCCGAACAUGCGCCGCAAUGUUUGUACCAUCAAUGGUUUCCGUCAUUAGCCUGUGAAAUCGUUGCAGUUUUCUAAUCUAAGCAUUUCGAUUCGUUAGUUUUCACUGACCUUUCCGAGUUGAAUCUGUAUUGUCGAGAUGGCAAACGAAACAAAAGAAGGAACAGGUCACAAAGUUGGAAACGACCCCAUUGAUGUCUCAUUGCAGAUUAUGAUGAUACAGACCUUUAGCUCUGAUUUGGAAUGAACUCGAAACCACGUCAUUUAAUUUGUAACCAUGAUAGUACCCGCCGAAUCUGAAAUUAGGGUACAGGUUCUUGGAUGCCUGAUGCUUCCAUGAUCGGACAAUUCUUCUCCGUGUUCAUAGAUUUCGAAGAGAGUUUA